UCUGUUUUUGUAAUAAGUUGGCGGUAAUGAAAUACCUCCAAAUGAUCUAAAUGAAUUUGAUUUUAUUUCAUUUUUAAAUCGCUACCGGCAAAGUAACAUCAAACGCCUAAAAGGCAUGUUAUUUAGUUUGAUGAUUGAGUGAAUAGCAUUGAUUGAUUUGAGUAAUCUAUAUGGAACUCGACACAAUGGGUGAAAGAAAAGGUGUAAAUAAAUAUUAUCCCCCCGAUUAUGAUCCCAGAGUCGGGGGGCUCAAUAAAUUUUUGGGUACCCACGCCCUUAGAGAAAGAGCCCGAAAAAUAGAUAAAGGUAUUAUUAUAAUUCGUUUCGAAAUGCCCUAUAAUAUAUGGUGUGAGGGUUGUAAAAAUCACAUCGGAAUGGGGGUUAGAUACAACGCGGAAAAAACAAAAGUAGGAAUGUACUAUACAACUCCAGUAUAUGAAUUUAAAAUGAAAUGCCAUUUAUGUGAUAACCAUUUUGUGAUCAGAGCAGAUCCAGCAAAUCUAGAUUACGUUAUUCAGUCGGGAGCUAGGCGACAAGAAAAUAGAUGGGAUCCAACCAAAAAUGAGCAAAUCGUACCUGAAACCAAAGAAACGCAGAAGAGAUUAUUCGACGAUUCCAUGUAUAAACUUGAGCAUGGGAGUGAGGAUAAAAAUUCAGCGGAUAGUGCAAAACCGAGAUUGGUCAAAUUAUUUACCAGGAAUGAAGAUGUAUGGGCUGAUUCCUAUUCGGCAAAUCAGAUGCUCAGAGCACAGUUUAGGAAAGCUAAUUAUGAUUUGAAGCAAACGGCCUCCCAAGACCAGCUUCUUUUGAAGAAAUCUAGUCUUGAUAUACCUCUACUACCAGAAAGGGAAGAAGAUAAAAAAGUAGCGACGCUUCUCAGUAUGAAAUUAAAACCAUCUAAAAGUAUAACUGAAAAUACAGAAACUAUUAGAAAAAAUAUAAUAUCUCAAUCUUCCCUACCUACUGUUAAUUUUUCAAGGAGUAAAGAAGAAAAGGCUAUGAAGAUUUUACAUCAGGGUAAACAAGAAUUGGGUAUAGUUCAUAAGAGAAGUAGUUCUUCCUUGACUAAUGAUGGAAAAUCAAAUGUUACAGAAAAUGAUGAUGUUAAAAAAUGUAAAAUUACAUCGUUGGUUGAAGAUUAUGGAUCAUCUGAAUCGGAAUGAAAGUGAAGAAGUGGUUGAAUAGACAAUGGUAAUACCAAAAAUGGAACAGUAACUUUGGAGAAGAAGUGUCUGGUGUAAAGCCACAGAUAGGGGCGGUGGUGACAUGAAUUUUACAUUUUCUUGAUAUAUAAGAAACAAACAAUAUAAUAAUUUGUUAUUAUUUCACAUAUGGUUUUAAAAAAAAUUGAAGUAAAAAUUGCACUUUCCAGUAAAUAUUCCUUCAAAUUAUCGCAAAAUGCGGUAAAAGAUGUAAUAGAUUUGAUUUCAAUUGGCAAAUGAUUGUGCAUUUUUUUCACAUUGCAAAAUAUUGAGCCCUUAACUAAUUCUGAAUGUGGAGUUAUUAGAUAAAGGUUGUACUCUGUAUCGAGUUUUUUAAUUAAAAAUUUAUACAGUUUAUAAGAUUUAUUUUUAUUUAUAAUUUGGAUUAAUUUGGAAACUAAUAUAUUUAAAAAAGUUUCGAGCUGAUUAUGAUUU